AAGCAACACCUAUACUACAUACCUGAUAAUGAAACAAAUUCUUACUAACAAUGGCCAACAACAAUGGCAACACACAAUUUACCAAUGCACCAAUAACAAAGCUGAAACUACGACACCAACACAAACAAUGGCUCUGGUAACAACAACAUCAACUCCAAACGAAGGAUCUG